CGAUAUAAUUACACUCUUUCCCUUCUUAAAUUCAGCUAUGCACAUAUCUAAUAGACAAAAUACUCCAGAUUUAUUGCUUCCAUCACUGCAUUGCACGACUAUAGGCCCAGAAGUUGCAAUAUCAUUUACAAUACCGAUAAAACUCGUUAAUUGCAUUGGGUUAUGCGAAAUAUUGUCCGACGGCCAUGUAGUGUAAUGAUAAAGUACUAUUUGCCGCGUGACUUUACCUUUUUCUUUCAACUGCAGCAAUGACAUAGUAUAACAAUCCAUUAUUACAAUUUUGAUAGUUUUUAUCACAAGCUCGUUGCAUUUUAUUUCCUGAUUUUCUUCUAAACUCCAAUAUUGGUAAGUAAUUUUGCAGUCAGUGGACAGUAUGACUAUAAUAUCGCUAUUUUCAUCUAUAACUGUUUUCCAAAAUUCAUUUAAGCUAUCUUUGGUGGGAUGUUUAGUACAUAUGUACUUGUUAACAUCGUAACAAGUACUGUUAUGCGCAAUUAUAUUUGUCAUACUCUGCAAAAUACCUGAAGCCUUCUUAUCAGAUUCCACAGUCUUCUGGUGUUUGUUUAUAUCAGUGUAUUCAUUUAAAAUUUGGGCGAUGGAGUCGGGACUUUGCAUAAAUUUUAAAAAACUUCUAGUGCUGAACCGUGACGGGUUUGGUUUGUCUAAUAAGCUUAGUUGUAUCUUCUUAUCACUCAUGAUUAUCACUAAAAAUAAAAAACUACGUUACCAAAGCUACAGUACACCCUUACGUGAGGGGUAGUUUCAAACGAGUGACACAAUUUCAGGUUUCAGGCGGAUUAUAUAGGUAAGAUACACGUGGUUGAUCGAUUAUUGGAAGAAAGAAACACCCACAUUAUCUGUUCCCAUACCUGUAUUCCAUACAACCUUAUUGGUGCUACCCAAAGUUGUUUUUGUGUACUUAUUCAGUCUUUGGUUGCUAACCUAACCAAAAUAAGCUUUCUUCCAAUAGAAAGUUGUUUAUUUAGCCCGCCUGUGUACUAAGGGUAGAAUAUUGAUAACUUGAUCAAUAUUCAGGGUUGCUUUGCCGUUUACUGAAGUAUAUAAUCAUAUUCUAAUAUAUUAAUAGAUGUCUAGACAGCAAAUGACAACAUCAUUUAUCAACUACCAUCUACCAUUAUUGUAUCGGAGGUGGUACUCACAUGAUUUUGACCAUGGCUGGAAGAUGAAACUCGGUUGCUCUCCAUAGCUUGAAGUUGGCGUUGUGCACUCUGGUGGUGAUAUUUAACUCGAUCCAAUUCCCAUUUCAGACGAUCCCUGUGGGUCUCUACGUUACGUAGUUGGCUCUCCAACAAUUGUAUUUGAGAACUGAACCGGGCAAUUUCCGAUUGUAGUCUACUAAAGUCUGCAUUAUUAUUCAUUUUUUCCGUGAUGUUGUUUGUACAAUCAAAAAUAAAGUUAUGAUAUAAUUCAUAGGGAAAUCCUAUUUAUAUUGGUCCUUUUACUGCCUAUAGUGAUUCAAUAGUGAUUCAAUAAAAGAAGUAUUUAAUUUCAUAUACUGAAACGUGAUGCUUUAAUUUAGUAUCACCGCUUUAGUUGCCUAAACUCCAUAUAAAGGAUUUUUAAUUGUACCUUAGCUUUUUAAUUAACCACAUGGCAAUUUUAUAGUUAAAAUUAAAUUUUAAUAAUGUUGAAAUGGAUAUGAAAUUUAAUAGACUGAAACCUCGUGCGUCAUAUCGAUAAUACUGGUUAGAGGAAAAAAUUAAUAUUGAUGCUAAAAUGCAACCGUAUAAAUGUGUCACGAUCAGUAUAAAAUUUUCAUUCGAUACUGAUUUCUCGUUGAAACAAGGACUCUUAUCCCACGAAAGUAAAUUUAAAAAAAUGGGUGGGAUUUUCACGAAAAAACAAUCUAGUGUUAGUUACAAUGAAGAAAGAAUAAUAAAGAUCCUCGAACAAGAACAUCAGAGAAUAUUACAUGAAAGGAUUUAUCACAGCUGCAGUAUAUCGGUGCAGCCGGAAAAUAUUGUGAAGAAUAGAUACCGGUUUUCACCUUGUUUUGAUUAUAACAGAGUGAUCCUACCAGCAGAUAACGGAGAAAGCGGCUAUAUCAAUGCCAAUCACGUCAACGGGUACAAAACUCGGGGCAAGUAUUUGUGCUGUCAGGGCCCGCUUCCGUCAACAGCCGAAGAUUUUUAUAAAAUGGUGUUUGGGUAUCAAUCGAGAGUCAUCGUUAUGCUGACAAAGACACACGAAGAAGGUCAAGAAGUAUGUUACCAGUAUUGGAGCCCGAAGAAAGGAAAUACAGUGUUUUUCGGUGACUUCACCAUUGAAACAAGGCAAGUAAAGACCUAUCGUGACCAUAUAGUGACCAAGUUGCGGGUGACAGACGACAGCGAAGACUCAUUGGACAUCACACACUUUGCCUACACCGAUUGGCCUUUUAAAAGUGUGCCUCGAAGCCCAACAGAUUUUCUCAACUUUGUCCUCAAAGUCAGAAAGGCUCAAGCAUAUGCGGAGUUUGAUAACAAGAGCUCCAACUUUUCUCCUAUGGUGGUCCACUGCUCUGCUGGAUUGAAUCGCACGGGGACCUUUUGCGCUUUAGACAUCAGCAUAUCGAGAUACAAUGAGAGUGUGACGAUCGACCUAGGAACAGUGGUAAGAGAUCUCCGCAAGCAGAGAUACAACUGCUUAUCUAUGCCCAUGCAUUAUAUAUUUUGUUAUUUUACAGUUUUAGAGUAUGUUAAAUUAUCUGCUAAGAAGACGGGGUGUUAGUGUUGUAAUUUAUUUUUA